AUGAAAUAAACAAAAUGUUUAAUAAUUACUCUUAUUGUUUUCAAAUUGCUUGGUUUACUUAUAUUUUUUAGAGGAUAUUUCAUAGAUCGUAGAUACUUAUUAGAUACAACUGAAGGAACUAUGAAACCAACUUAACCUGUAAUACUUUUGGUCAUUGAUUCAUUCCGUAUUGAUUUAGCUGUGAAUUAACAUUUCACUUUUAUCAAAAAUAUGACCAAAAACAAGCCAGAUUAAUCUUUAUUUUUUUUAUCUUUUGCUGAAGUUCCUACAGUUACAGGUCCAAGAUUAUAAGCAAUGACAAGUGGAAAUUUUCCACCUUUAUCUAAAUUAUUGGAUAAUUUUCAUGCUUCAGAAGUAUUUAUUAAUCUAUUCUAGAUUAAAGAAGACAAUAUUAUGUUUCAAAUGAAAAAAUUUAAUAAGAAGACUCUCUUUUCAGGAGAUGAUACAUGGAUUGGACUAUAUCCUGAUUAAUUUACAGUAUAAUUUCCUUAAAAAUCAUUUAAUAUUGGAGAUAUGCAUUCUGUAGAUGAAUUUAAUUGUGAUAAAAUAAUAUAGAAUUUAGAUUAAGGAUAUGAUUUAAUUGUAUCUCAUUUUUUAGGAUUAGAUCAUGCUGGUCAUAAAAAUAAUCGAGUUUUAAAUAAUUCUGAUUUAAACUAAAAAUUAAAUCAAUUAGAUUAAAUUGUUGAAUUUAUUUAUGAAAGAAUGUCAAAUGAUACUAUUUUAAUAGUUGCAGGUGAUCAUGGAAUGGCAAAUGAUGGAAAUCAUGGUGGAAAUAGCACUGAGGAAACUAACACCUUAUUUUUUGCUACUAGAAAAUAAGGUAAGUUUUAUCCAAAUUAUAUGGAAAAAAUUCCUGAAUUAAAAGAUAAUUAUCAAUCAACUUUAAUAAAUUAAUCUGAAUAUAUUAGAAAAAUUAGUUAAAUUGAUAUUGUUCCUACUUUAGCCACUCUUUUAGGAAUUCCAAUACCUUUUAGUAAUCUAGGAUAUUUAAUGAAUGAAUUUUUUAAUAGUGAAGAACAUUGUCUUAAUAAUUUGAAAUAAGUAUGGAAUUUUGUUGAAACUGUACAUAGUCGACAAGGGAAAUUUAGUUAUUAUUAAAAAAUUUAAUGGUAAAAUUAAUAUUCAGAAGUUAAGACUUGUAAAGAUGCUUUAAUUCUUAUGAAUGAUAUUUAGAUGGUAGCUAGAAAAAUAUGGAAUGAAUAUGAUAUUCCAUUACUUAAUUUGAGUUUUGUGUUUCAUUUCUUAGUUAUCAUUUUCUAUAUUUUUGUUAUGGUUAUACUCUUUUAGGCUUAAGAAAAUGAUGACCCAAUAACAAUAUAAUAAAUUACAGCAGCUAUUAAGCAUAUCUUUUAUAAUAAUAAAUAAGUAACCAUAAUUUUUGCCAUCUUAUCAGCCUUAUUAUAUAUAUUCUAUGAAGUAGAAAUUUUAAUAACAAUAAUACUUAUUUUGUUAAUGAUUUAUAUUAAUUUUGCUAUAUUUAUCAAAAUUAAAAAAAACCACAUUUAAAACCUCAAUUAAUAUUAAUGGGAUUUAAUAGAAAAACAAAAUUCAAUUAAAUUAAAUAAUCGAUUCUCUAAAUUAAUUUAAAUCUCACUUUUUUUAUUUUUUAUUUAUAAAAUAAUCCUACAAGGUGAAUUAUUAUUGUCAAUUCAACAAAAAAAAUUUGAGGAAAGGUAUUUGUAUAAUGAAAUUAUUGAACUAUUAAUUUUAAGUUCAGUCAUUUGUAUAUUCAAUUUUAUAUCAAGAUUAAUUGAUACUUAAGAGGAAAUUUCAAGUAUAAUAAAAAUAAAAGAUAGUUUUAUUUCAUUUAUAAGUGCUAUAACUAUUUAUUAUGCUUUAAAUUUUGAAUAAUAUUAUUUAAAAUUCUAAAACUAUCAAUUUUUAAAUGAAUCUCAUUAUAUGCUAUACAUGCCUGUUAUAUUUUUACAUACAUGUUUAUUUAUGUAUUAAAAAAAGAGCAAUAUUUUAGAUAAAAUAAUAGCAUAAUCAGGUUUAAUUCUAAUUGAUAUUUUUUACAUUUAUCCAGAUACCACAAUAUAAGAUUAACCAUAUUAAGAAUUUGUAAUCUUACAUAUUCCAAAAAUUAUCUAUGCAAUUUCUAUAUACUAUUAUUUCUCAAAGGAUCCAAUUUUUUUGUUACUUUCUUGCAUAAUUGUAUCAGACAAGUAUGGAUUAGCCAUAUACACAUAUGAAAUAUUAAUCUUUAUUUGUUUAUACUAUCAUUGGAGGAAUUUGAUGAAAUUUUCAAUGAUAUCAUUUUUGGCUAUGAUAUCAUUAAUUUGUCAGAUUACUUGGUUCAUUUUUGGAAAUAGAUGCACAAUAUCAUCAAUUAAAGUAGAUAGAGCCUUUGUAGGUGUCAAGGAAUUUCAUUUAUGGUUAAACCCAUUAAUUUUAACACUGUUUUUAUUGGGACCAUAUUUGGCUGGUUUAGUAUUUAUUAAAUAUAUUGGACCAAAAUUAUGUAAAUAUGGAGAAUUGAAUGAAAGAUAAGGUAAUUAUAUUAAAUUGAUAGGUGUAUAGUUAAAAAUUCAAAUAAUUUGUUCAAAUUGAUGUUCUUAUUUAAUUUUUAUAUCUAAAUUUAAUUUACUCAAAUUCACAGUUAUGAAAAUGCAGGAGGAUUGAUUGAUGUCCAAUUUAAGUAUAUAUUUGAUGCUGUAACCUUCUUGAUUGUUAGUUUACUGAUGUUAUUGAUUUGA